AUAUCGGACAAAGCUUGUUAGCGGACCCUUUUUCCUCCAAAGUCAGCUCUCCUCUCUUAAGUUCCCUCCGAUCCUCGAGCGACCCCAUAGUCCUUUUUGGCGGACGGUGGCGGCGCAGCGGCAGCGGCCGACCAUGCUAUUACACCCCACCAUCUCUUUCCCCUUGCCUUCUUCCGCGUUUCUAUAUUUCAAGAACACCCAGUAGAGUAGGCGACACUUCUUUUGAUUUCCUUCUCACCCCAGAAUGGACCCUUCACUUCUCGACGAUAUAAUCAAUCGUCUUCUCGAGGUCCGCGGCCGUGUCGGCAAGCAGGUUCAGUUGUCCGAGUCAGAGAUCCGGCAACUUUGUCAGGUUUCUCGAGAAAUUUUCUUGCAGCAGCCAAAUUUGUUGGAGCUUGAAGCACCCAUCAAGAUUUGUGGUGACAUACACGGGCAAUAUUCUGAUCUAUUAAGGCUUUUUGAAUAUGGCGGGUUACCUCCUCAUGCUAACUACUUAUUCUUGGGGGAUUAUGUUGAUCGAGGCAAGCAAAGUUUAGAGACCAUAUGUCUUCUCCUGGCAUAUAAAAUAAAAUAUCCAGAGAAUUUUUUCAUAUUGAGAGGGAACCACGAAUGUGCUUCUAUAAACCGAAUAUAUGGUUUUUAUGAUGAGUGUAAAAGAAGGUUUAACGUUAGGCUAUGGAAGACGUUUACGGAGUGCUUUAAUUGCCUGCCUGUGGCAGCUCUGAUCGAUGAAAAAAUUCUAUGCAUGCAUGGAGGUUUGUCUCCUGACCUGCAUAAUUUGGAUCAAAUUAGAAAAAUGCCAAGGCCAACAGAUGUACCGGACACUGGUUUGCUCUGUGAUCUUCUCUGGUCUGAUCCCAGUAAAGAUGUUCAAGGUUGGGGAAUGAAUGACAGGGGUGUUUCAUUUACUUUUGGUGCCGACAAAGUGACAGAGUUUCUUCAGAAGCAUGAUUUGGAUCUCAUCUGCCGUGCUCAUCAGGUUGUGGAGGAUGGAUAUGAGUUCUUCGCAAAUCGUCAACUUGUAACUAUUUUUUCAGCGCCUAAUUACUGUGGGGAAUUUGAUAAUGCUGGUGCCAUGAUGAGUGUGGACGAGACGCUUAUGUGUUCAUUUCAAAUACUAAAGCCUGCAGAUAAGAGGCCUAAGUUGAACUUUGGAAGCACUACCACCACCAAGCCUGGAAACCCUCCGGCAGGGGUUAAGUCUUUCCUUGGCGCAAAAGCAUGAUUUGGUCAGGCACUUAAAAAGGAGGUCUCUUGCAGCCAGUUGAGCCUACAAGACUUGGAAGUUUAACUUCUGGAGGAAGCUAUAGGAUCGAUCAUUUGAUUUUAAACUUAAAUGUUGAAAAUUGUAAAAAAUAAUCGUAAGGUGAAAUUCAAAAUGAUUACAAAUAUUGUUUUCCUCGAUACGAAUUUGAGUUUCGAAGAUGGUAGCCUGCAAAAACCUGCACUUCUUCCUUGUACACUAAUUUGGCAGCACCUAUCGGUGCUACGAGUUUACUGUAUGUGUUGCACAUUUAACCAUGCGUCUCGUCUUUCUUUCGUUUUCUUUUUCUGGUUCAUCAAGAUGUUCAUGUCAUCCAUCCUUGGGCAGAAAAAAGAAUCUCUUUUUUUGUUUU